AUGUUUGUAAAUCAAUUUGUGUUUCUCGUCUUCUUCGCCAUUGUCGAUAAAUGUUUAUUGGAAAAAAAUAAAACUGUAGUCUACGAAGAUUUCUACCCUCGUGUUGUCAAUGGCUGGCCGGCCAAGCUCGGGGAUGUCCCGUAUCAGGUUGGAUUCAAAGCGCUCUCCUCUCGCACAAGACAAACGUACAUGACGUUCUGCGGCGGAACAAUAGUAGCUCCUAACAAAGUGCUCUCCGCUGCACAUUGCUUCGUCCCAGACAUGAGCAUGUGUGUCAGGAUCUUCGUAAAAGUUGGACGCAUAGAUCAACAAAAAUUGUUCAACAAGUACGCAGUUGCCGGAACACUUAAGAAUAGCGGCCAGAGACCAACAACAGACAAUACAGAUGAGGGCCAAUGGAGAGCACUAAAGGAAGCAAUCUACCCAAAAACUUACAAUUUCCCAAAAGACGACAUUGCACUUGUGUUCCUUUUGGAAGAUUUCAUAUACAAUAGCAAUGUGGGCCCUAUUCCCUACGCGAAGCAGUACGCCGACUACAAAGGCAAGUGUCUGGUUUCUGGCUAUGGUCAAAUUGUAUCCGUCGGCAAGGCUAAGUCAGAAAAGUUACUUCUGGCACAUCUGGAAAUUGUGCCUAGGAGUGUAUGUAACCGUAAACAUUUUAGGAAUAUGCGCCAUUUUGUCUGUACUUCUAGUGUGGUUACAGAUGUUGGAAAGGGUGAUUCUGGUGGUCCAUUAGUUUGCAAUGGGACCGGUGAUCCUAACGAAAAAGGAGCAGGAGUGUUGGUGGGCAUCGUGAGCGGUCACCGACUGAGAGUGGGAUCCUUUUUUACAAGAGUUUCCUCUUUUUAUAAUUACAUAGAAAGAAACAAAUCCUAUUCAAUCCAGAAAAGUCUUUCACAUUUUGUUCAUGCUAUAAUUAUACUGGCGCAAUCUUUAUCACUUUGA